CGUCACCCUUCUCACUGGGCUGGAAGCGGCCUCUGCGGGAGGGAGCUGGGGAGUCCUGGAAGGGGGCGCCCCUCGCCUCCCUCUGUGCGGGGCGGUUCCGCCCUGAUCCCUUGGAGGGCUUUGUUCUUUUGUUCCGGUCUAGGAGGAAGGACUGGAGCGGGCCCCGCCCUGCUUGUCCGCCUUCCAGCUUUUCCACCCCGCAACAGGGCCGCCAGUCGCAGCGUGUGCAAGGGCUCAUCUGAGCCCCAGACCGAGGCCCCAGCUGCAAGGACGCUGCUUGGGAAACCCGGUGUGCACGUUCCAGAGGAGCGGAAUGAGCUGCUGAGAUGGAAGAUCUGUCCUCUUCGGGGUCUGCCCUUCUCCAAGGCGAACGGACUCUCCUUGCGUCAGCCAGUUUCCAGGAGUCCGUGACCUUCAAGGAUGUGACAGUGGAUUUUACCCAGGAGGAAUGGAAACAGCUGGAUCCUGUCCAGAGAGAUCUGUUCAGGGAUGUGACACUGGAGAACUACACGCACCUGGUCGCCAUAGGACUCCAAGUUUCCAAACCUGAUGUGAUUUCUCAGCUAGAGCAAGGUACGGAGCCGUGGACCGUGGAGCCUGGCAUCCCAGGAGGUGCUUUUGGAGACUGUGAGACAAGACCAGAAAAGAGCAGAUCAGCCCCAGAGCCAGACAUCUCUGAAGAACAGCCAUCUGAGGAGGCAGUUGUGGAGAAGCAGCGAAGGGAUGAUCCCGGUAGUCCUAACUUUUCGGAGAGGGAGUAUGAAAGCAGUGUAGGGAAGCACCAGGCAAGCCGACAGACGCCAGCAGGAGAACGGAAAGUCACGGAAAAGACAAUGCCCGCCUGGGAGAGAGGCCCUGUGACGAACGACUUUGCAAAAAGCAUCAAUGUGAGUUCAAGGCUUGUAACACGAGAAAAAGCAUCAGAAGAGACCUCGACUAAAACGAGUGCCAAACAGAAUGCAAACCCAGUUAAGAAAGAGAAAUCGUGUAAGUGCAAUGAAUGCGGGAAAGCUUUUAGUUACUGUUCGGCUCUUAUUCGCCAUCAGAGAACACAUACAGGCGAAAAACCCUACAAAUGUAACGAAUGUGAGAAAGCCUUCAGCCGGAGUGAGAACCUUAUAAACCACCAAAGGAUUCACACUGGAGAUAAACCGUAUAAAUGUGAUCAGUGCGGAAAAGGCUUCAUUGAGGGUCCGUCUCUUACUCAGCAUCAGAGAAUUCACACUGGAGAGAAACCCUAUAAAUGUGACGAGUGUGGGAAAGCCUUUAGUCAGAGGACCCACCUGGUGCAGCACCAGAGAAUUCACACCGGGGAGAAACCCUACACUUGCAAUGAGUGCGGAAAAGCCUUUAGCCAGAGGGGCCACUUCAUGGAACAUCAGAAAAUUCACACUGGAGAGAAACCCUUCAAGUGUGACGAAUGUGACAAAACCUUCACCCGGAGCACACACCUUACUCAGCACCAGAAGAUCCACACGGGCGAGAAAACCUACAAAUGCAACGAGUGCGGGAAGGCGUUCAACGGGCCCUCGACGUUCAUCCGCCACCACAUGAUCCACACCGGCGAGAAGCCGUACGAGUGCAGCGAGUGCGGCAAGGCCUUCAGCCAGCACUCGAACCUCACGCAGCACCAGAAGACGCACACGGGCGAGAAGCCGUACGACUGCGCCGAGUGCGGCAAGGCCUUCAGCUACUGGUCGUCGCUGGCGCAGCACCUGAAGAUCCACACGGGCGAGAAGCCGUACAAGUGCGCCGAGUGCGGCAAGGCCUUCAGCUACUGCUCGUCGCUCACGCAGCACCGGCGGAUCCACACCCGGGAGAAGCCCUUCGCGUGCGGCGAGUGCGGCAAGGCCUUCAGCUACUUGUCCAACCUCAACCAGCACCAGAAGACGCACACGCAGGAGAAGGCGUACGAGUGCGGGCAGUGCGGCAAGGCCUUCAUCCGCAGCUCGUCGCUGGCCAAGCACGAGCGCAUCCACACCGGCGAGAAGCCCUACCAGUGUCACGAGUGCGGCAAGACCUUCAGCUACGGCUCGUCGCUCAUCCAGCACCGGAAGAUCCACACGGGGGAGCGGCCCUACAAGUGCGGCGAGUGCGGGCGCGCCUUCAACCAGAACAUCCACCUGACGCAGCACCAGCGCAUCCACACGGGCGCCAAGCCCUACGCGUGCGCCGCGUGCGGCAAGGCCUUCCGCCACUGCUCGUCGCUGGCGCAGCACCAGAAGACGCACGCGGGGGAGAAGCCCCACCAGUGCGGCCCGUGCGACAAGGCCUUCAGCCAGAGCUCCCACCUGGCGCAGCACCGGCGCGUCCACACGGCCGAGAAGCCCCACCAGGGCGGCGAGCGCGACAAGGCCUUCAGCCGCGGCGCGCACCCGACCGCGCACGUGACCGCGCACGCGGCCCAAAAGCCCUGCGACGGCCGCGAGUGCCGCAAGGCCCUCAGCCAGCGCCCACGCGCACGCUCCGGGGACAGACCUUUCGGCUGUGGCGACUGCGGGAAAGCCUUCCGGUACCGCUCGGCCCUCAGCAAGCACCAGAGGCUGCACCCGGGCAUCUGACGCGAGCCGGUCCGCUCGGUCCCUGGCCGCGUCCCCAAGGAGCGGAGCAAUGGGAGAAGUGGGGCGGGCCCGGGGGCCUCUCCUCCGUGCGCUGGGGCGUGGAGAGGACGUGGGCUGGGGUGACCGGCUAUGACGCCUGGCAGCUCGGGGACACUGCAGAAUGGCACCAUUUGACGCUUCGGUGUGCUCUGUGAAUGAGGGAGUUGGAUAGAGGGUUUCAGGGGCUGUUGGGAGUUUUCUAUCCCAAUUUUGUAUAUUCACAAUCUCUUUGUGAUUAGGAUUACUCUGCGUCAGCGCUGGGCUCUGUCGCCUCUAGAGUGUGUCUGUCUCUGCAUGUUUGGCUAAUAGAAAGCAUUUGUGCUUCAGCAACUAGACGGGGACCUGUGAGGCUCCUGUUCUCAUGCAUUAAGUAACUGGUUCCUAAUAAAAAGAGUUAUAAAGCA